AUGCGGGAAUCCUCAGCGAGGAGUUCGUCGGUCUCGUCGACCGGGCGAUCUCCAAUCGUUGGCGGAUUCGGUAUGGAUGCCCGAUUUCCCGGACGACCUCCAGGUGCUGGCGGGCCACCACCACAAUCUAUGCCGCCACCACCACAACCGUUUCCUCCAAAUGGUGCCGGCGCUCCGCCGCCACCUCAUAAUUUACUAGCGAUGCAGGCUGGCCCCCAACAACCUGUAUCGAAUCCGGUUGGAUUAGGUUCUAUGUUCGGUAGUAAUGCAUUUGGUGGAAGUCAAGAUUUGCUUCGGUCUGCACAUCCCGGUGCAAACCAACCUUUUGGUGGUCAACCAAUGGCAAUGUCACCAUCGUCACAAAUGAUGCGAUCUGGUAUGCCUCCUGCACCGCAACGACAGAAUUCUGCCAGUGGAGUUGGUUGGCAAAUUCAAGGACCUGGACAACAACGUGGUCCACCUACCCCAUCUCAACAAAUGGAUUUUCAACCACAACCACCACCUACGUCAUCACAGGUGAGAGUUUUCCGCUUCCCUCAAGUCCAUCUCGUUAGUACUGAAAUAAGUCUCAAAGGAUUCUCCACCACGGUUCUAUUCGUAUUUCUUUUUAAAUUUCUCCCUGUCUUUUUGAAGUCUUUCUGUUCUUGCCCUUCCAUCUUUGAGGCAAAAAUGUUUUCUGUAUCUAGUUCUUAG